AUGCUCAUGCCACGGAGAAAGAACCCAUGUUCUAAAGAUAAGGAUGAGGAUGGCGAGGAAAAUGGAAAUGAAAAGAAGGCACACUACUAUAAGAAGAAUGUUGUGGGGAGUAAAUCUAACCAGUUUGGAGGUCGAUCUGCAAAAAGUGCUGAGACUAACGUUAGCGAUGAGGAUGAAGAUAGUGAGGAAGAUCCGAUUACCAACAAAAUAUGUAAACAAAGAACCAGCGGAGUGUUAAACAAAACAUUAGGAGAUCGCAAGGAAGAAAGGGAAGAGAUUAAUGAAGAUAUUAAUAAAAAGAAUAGGCACAAUGUAAUGGCGCUACAGCAAAAACAUACUGGGACCGAUAGCAAAAAUAAAGAAGCGAAAAAUGCGGUGUACAAUGGCAUAAAAAAACGUCUUGCAACAAAUGAGUUAGUGCGUGAUAAUGAUAACCCCAUCCCACUAACCAGAGCUUUUGUCGGCAACGAAAAUAGAAUCAGAGUACCCCAGAAAGGGGAAGAAAGACGAAGCGAAAGGGCAACUGAUUGGCAAUCGCAAGAGCCAAUUCCACCAUCUCGGACAAUUAGG